UCUGGCUGGACAGCGGGCAUCGGGUCACCAGGCAUCAGGUCAUUUGGCUUGACAGCGGGCACCGCGUCAUCUGGCAAGGCAGUGGGCUCCGAGUCAACUGGUAUGACCGCGGGCACUGGGUCAUUUGGCUCAACAGCGGGCACCGCGUCAUCUGGCAAGACAGUGGGCUCUGAGUCAAUUGGCACGACAGCGGGCACCGGGUCAUCAGGUACCGGAUUGUCUGGCUCGACAGCGGGCAUCGGGUCACCAGGUAUGACAGCGGGCACUGGGUCACCAGGCAUCAGGUCAUUUGGCUCGCCAGCGGGCACCACGUCAUCUGGCAAGGCAGUGGGCACCGAGUCACCAGGUACGACAGCGGGCUCUGAGUCAAUUGGCACGACAGCGGGCACCGGAUCAGGUACCGGAUCAUCUGUAUCAACAGCGGUCAUCGAGUCAACUGGCCUAAUAGGAUCAUCAGGCUGGAUCAGUUCAUCAUGCUGGGUAGAGGCAUCAGGCUGAGUGGAGGCAUCAGGCUGAGUAGAGGCAUCAGGCUGAGUAGAGGCAUCAGGCUGAAGAGGGGCAUCAGGCUGGGUACAGGCAUCAGGCUGGGUACAGACCUCAGGCUGAAGUGCGGGUGCCAAGGCACCAGGCUGAACCACGGAAGGCAGGUUCUCAGACGGCAGGCACACCGGUUUGGAUACUGGCAGGAUGGUACUGGUUGGAAAGAAUUUUCGCUUUUUUCUGGUUUUAACUACUGGAGCACUGCAAGUAAACGCAGGUCUGCAAACGAAUGGAGCAGCUGGAGACAGAGAAGAGCUGGAGGAUGGAACAGAGGAGGGAGCAGUUGCUACAGAGGGCUUUUUUACAGGGUUAAAGGCAGGAUAGGUGCAGCGAGUGGGAACAGGGUACUGACAUGCGGUAGAUAG